GUGUUCACUUUGACACCUAGUAGCAAUGACGAUGGGGGAUUUCCCCAUUGCAACUCGGUUCUAUGUACAUUUUACCCUACUCCUCUAUAGGAAGUGAUACCGAUAGUGAGACAAGUCGCCAUUUUCAUGUUGGGAUUUUUAGCCAGUUCAAAGCAAGAUUAUCACUUGAUAAUCCCUGUCGGUCAUGGCAGCCUUCCUGAAUCAAUCCUGGAGCUCGAAAUUACAACCAUUUGGUCACAACCAAGGCCCGGGAACAAAUGAACACGCAGGAGCGGCAGCCACAAGGAUGAAAGACGUAAUGAGAAGGCUAGCCUCUUUCUCCGUGGCUUCUUCCCUUCCAAUCAACUUAUCAUCAAUAACCCUUGCUGACAAGGGGUUCUACUACGACAAGAUAACAAAGAGGGUUGUCUGUGUUGAUUGCGAAUCUAGCUUUGACAUUCCGAAGCAUAUGAAUGAUUUGUUUGACCAACAUCGGGCAAAGUCACCCAUGUGUAAGCCUGAGGAGCAGAAGGUAGGGAGAUACAUGUAUGGUCAAUCUGGUGAAAAGCAGAGCAAUGGUGUUAUUAAAAGAUGGCAAAAUCCACAGCGGUUGAGUUCAUCUGGCGAUGAGUUAUUUGAUGAAGUGGAGUCGAUCAACGAUGAUGAAAUGUACGCCAGUGGACCCCAGAAAUCCGGGAGCCACCCGGAGCUCUCAAGGCUGGAUCUCUACCUGCAGAGGGGCCCAUUCGGAAUGAUCACAUCGACAAAUGACGAGCCUGCAAAUGCAACAGCAAUGGGAGAAUGCUCUGUUCCGAUAUCGACCUUUUUAAGAUCACCGGCUGCGACGGAAAGAAUUCAACGACCCAUUUUUGAUGCUCGAAACGCUAAGAUAAGAGAUUUCGAAACCUACGAGUCGAGGCUUUCCUCGUUCGAUCUCUGGCCUGUAAGGAAAUGGCCAACAAAGGAAGAACUUGCAGACUGUGGGUUUAUCUUCAUUGCAGACGACUUGUGCCAAUGUUUCAAUUGCGAAUUGAUUCUUCAUGAAUGGCAAGAAAACGACAACGUUUGGAAGGAGCAUGCAAAGUACAGCAUUGAUUGUGAAUAUGUCUUGUUCCGGAAAGGAGAGGAUUUUGUUUCCUCUGUUCGCAAUGAGAUGAGCGCGCCAGGUUUCCGAGACGAACGGAUGAGCCAGAGGAGGGAGGGUUCCGUGGAGGAGAGAGGCGCUGAAUCUCAAAUCGCCAACCAAUACCUGGUCGAUGGGAGAGUUGUGAUGGCCCGCCUGGACAUGGACAUGGCACGCUAUGUCAUAGGCAUGGGCUACUCGGAGGACGAAGUCGGGAGCGUCAUCCAGGAAAGACUGAUGCAGACAGGCGCGGAUUUCCAGAACGCAACAGAAAUGGUAAAGGUCCUCGACGGUAUAAGAAAUAAGAGCCGGCCGCCACCAAGCGUACAGUUUCACCGCAGACCCGCGAACUCCGAAGGUACUACCAGUGCUGUGGUCUCAAAUCCUGGAUCAUUACGCUAUAACAGCAUUGUUGGGACACCAAGCAGCCAAACCACCCCGUUACCAAUGGAGAGCAGGUCAAGUGAAGAAUUUCCAUUGGAAGGAUAUGAGCAGACGCCAGUUGUGUCGCCCACUUUUGGUCCGCGUGUGAACAGCAGCGGCGAUCUUCGAGAGAUCAAUGAGGAGAACGAGAGUCUGCAUGAUCUAGAGCUGUGCUCCAUCUGUGUCGACAAGGACCGAGACACCGUGUUCGUCCCGUGCCAUCACUUGAUAUGCUGUCGCACUUGCGCUGCCAGGUUGAGAGAGUGUCCGAUAUGCAGGGUACGGAUUACCGACCGCCUUGCGGUCAACGAGUAAUGAAUUACCAUCUUAUUGGAGAACAACAUAACCAUGAUAAUGAUACAGUUGACUGGGUACAGUCGUUUAUUUUCUAACACUCUUUGGUAAAUUCGGUGAUUCUCCGGGUGUGCAGACUGGAAAAAAUUACUGAACCACUCGUGUACAAUAUAAUUAUUUAUUCACGUGUCCGUAUAGAGACGCCACGCAUAUUCAAAUGUUAUACAUAGAGUCAUCGAUUUCUUUCUCUAGAAGAUUGCACUAUAUAAGUUAACGGCGGAGGGGGUAUAGGGUUGGUAAACUGUUACUGAGGACGAAAUAUCCGUGGAAAUCUUUGAAAUAUUCCAAAAUGUUUACAGUUUUUAAUGGCAGCCAUUUAGUAGCGACUUCCAUUCCGACAAGAAAUGGACAUGCCUAAGCAGCUGUCAUGUGCGAGAAGAAGUCUCUUGAAUUUCCAUCAAGCGAUAGUUAUCUGUUCCCCGGCGUCGUUAGUGUCUACAUGUAGUUGCUUUAGGCAAGCAGUUUAUUUACGACGAAGUUUGCAAUGCCUUGGUAGAAAUCUGAAAACAGAAUUUGACAGAUUUUAAAGACAAAAUUAACCAUCGUGUCCACAUCUUGGUUUUGCAUUUCUAUUCGAAAACGUUUGUCAAUUCAGUUAAAUCGAGGUCAUGAAACGGUUUAUACCAGCUGGAGCAACGUUUUGGGAGUGGUUUCGUUUCCGAGUGUUUGAUCCUCAUCGUUUUGGUACGCUCUAAGACAGAUUGACAGUAAUAAUGACACGUUUUUAUCCGAUUCCUCAUGUUGAAAAGUCAUAGUCUCUCUAGCAUUCUAUUGUAUGGCAAAACUGUAAUGUGAGGGACAAACAAAAACGCUAUACACCGGAGCAGCGCUCCCAAGGUAUAGCCGACACAGAGAAGGCAGAGCCCGCCCGCAGCAAUCGAGCCAGGGAAAUCCCGAGGCCGGGCGGGCGCUAUAUACGCUGGGAACCUUCCCAAGAACUUCAUGUUUAACACUUCCUAAUAACACGAAGCAUCUUACCAUCAAUUGAGGCUGAAUAUUCCGCCACAGGCAUCUUGUUGUAGACGGUCUUUACAGUUGCGGCGUCAGCGCUCACGCCGGCUUCGGUUAGGAAUUUCAGGAAUACGUCCUUGGUAACUGUUGUAGGGAGUGAUCCAUUGGCCUUUUCCAUGAUUUUGUCCCAUCCGCACAGCGUCAAAGCCAGCAAGUAUUCCCUCAAGGACACGAAAGUAUCGACGCUUACUGAAAAAUGAGUCAAAUUUUUAAAGAUUUAAAUUACUGAAUGGCUUCAUAUAGACAGGAGUGCGGUGGCUCAUAUUGAUGUUCCGAAAGGUCACCAAUAUCGAUGUCUCUGCUGUCCCUCACUGCAUGUAUACAUAUUCCCGAUCCUGCUGAUUGGUGGGGUCACAUGAAAUUUAGCCGAUACACUAGCCACAGUGUACCGUUUAUUUACAUGAAGAAUCGCUUUUACGGCACUCUGGAAGCCGUGGAUCGGACUCGCCAUGUCCGUAGGAAGAAUGAUUAGGAGGAACAGCAGACCUAUGAUUCAUUUGGCAGUGUGACCUACCUUUUCCCUUGUCUUCGACUCGGAUCUUUUUAACAGCAGCAAUGAACUCGGGGGUCAUUUCUCCUUGACUUUCAAAGUCCUUCACAUCGAUUUGACCGUUCCCAGAUUUAUCAAUUUCUUCAAAAUUCUUUGUAUGCACUGAAAAAUAGAACCCAUAUGUGACCGUUAGCAAUAAAAACCUAUAAGAAGAAUCCAAGGAAAUCAAUCUCAGUACCUACAUGUAGAUCUAUGUCCUCUUGUCUAACCGCCGAUACACGUAACUGUAAAUGGUAUAUCUGACUGUUAAAGAUUAGUUUUAUAUCGGUGCGACACAGAAGACCGCGAAUUUAUUAUUUACCAAUUUGACUGUUUUUGAUUCACGUAUAUAAACUGUAAAUAAUAAAUAAUUUCAACAUA